GGUGACAUACGUGGUUUUGAUACCAUCUCAAGCCAUGGACUUUUGGGGAGUACUUCUCGUUUUGGCCUGCCUGGAGAAAAGUUGGGGACAAGAACAAAUAUUCCUCAUUUCAGCACCAGUGGUCUUCCGCAUCGGAGUGCCGGCAAACGUCACAGUCCAAGCCCACGGCCACACUGAUGCCUUUGACGCAACCAUCUCUGUAAAAAGCUAUCCUGAUGAAAACAUCAAUUACUCUUCGGGCUCUGUUAAUUUAUCACCAGAAAAUAAAUUCCAAAACUCUGCCAUCUUAACAGUUCAGAACAAACAGUUGUCUGAAGGACAAAGCUCAUUUUCAUAUGUGUAUUUGGAAGUCAUGUCAAAGCAUUUUUCAAAAUCAGAAAAAAUGCCAAUCAUCCAUGACAAUGGCUCUCUCUUCAUCCAUACUGACAAGCCUGUCUACACUUCACAGGAGCCCGUAAAGGUUGGCGUCUAUUCUCUGCAUGAUGACUUAGAACCAGUUACAAGGGAAACUGUCUUAACUUUCAUAGACCCUGAAGGAUCAGAAGUUGACACAGUACAAGGAAACAAUCACACUGGAAUUGUCUCUUUUCCUGACUUCAAGAUCCCUUCUAAUCCAAAAUAUGGUAGAUGGACAAUUAAGGCUAAAUAUAGAGAAGAUGCUUCAACAAAUGGAACCACAUACUUUGACAUUAAAGAACACGAUAAAGCUUACAAAAUAACUCUCAUGCCAAUAAGUGACCUGCAGCACCAAGUGGGAAUUCAAGAUGAAGCACAAGGUGUGAAUCUCCAGCCAACACAGUACCUGGAACAGAAAAUAAAGGAACAAGCUUCUACAUACAAACAUCCAAGGCUAAAGAAGUGUUGUUAUGAUGGAGCUGUGCUUAAUAAAUAUAAAACCUGUGAGCAACGAGCUGAACGUAUAACAAUAGGCCCCCACUGUGUCAGAGCCUUCUCUUCCUGCUGUACCCUGGCAAAUGAGAUCAGAGCUAAUGACACCUUUAAACACAUCCAUGUGUCCAGGCAUCACAGAAAUGUAGCGAGUGUCUAACUGUAUUGAAUAUGUAACUGUGAACAAACGGAGAAGAGGGUGCUCACAGCACUGUUGCUGCCACAAAGAAUGCUGAGACGCUACCCAGGGAGAGCUGAAGACCCAACAGCACACGCUGCUGUGUGCCAUCUGCUGCCCAGAUGCUCAGAUGUCUCUUCAUGAAAUCAUCGUGAAUGACCAGUUUUGCCACCAGAUCGUGAAGCUUCUAAAAUGAUACUUUGCUUAUAAAUAAAGAUCAUAAUCAGAAUACUUAAAUCAAUGAAGUAUUAUUACCCAUGUUGAGAAAUUUUCAAUGAUGAAAUUUUCCCCAUGGUGCUUACAACUUACCUUUCUAUUUAUAUCCCUUGGCCAAGUUUCUAUACUAGGCCAUUUAUUUCUAUCCUUCCCUAUUUUCACUUUUAUUUUCUCUGCAGUUAUUUAUACCAAGAUCAAUU